GUUCGUUGGUGUCAGUGCUAUGACAACAGUAAAGAUGGUAUCGAGUUGGGGAGACGUGGGAGCGAAAUGUGAUUUUUCAUGAACUGCAGCAAGUGGAUCGUAGUCUCAUCAAGGGAAGCAUCUUCAAACAGGUCUGUAGGAUGUCUCUGUUCAAAGCGCGUGACUGGUGGUCGGCAACGCUAGGCCAGGGCGAGGAGUUUGACCAGGGGUGUCUCUGCGUCGGGGAUGUGGACAACAGCGGAAGUGGACAUGAUAAGAUUGUGGUGGGGAGCUACAUGGGCCUGCUGCGGAUCUUCCUGCCCCGUGCUGCUGCGUCAGGUGAGACCAAGGCCGAGGACCAGCUGCUGGAAGUGCAGCUCAAAGACCCCGUCAUACAGGUGGAAGUGGGCAAGUUUGUGUCGUGCUCUGAACUUCUCCACCUGGCGGUGCUUCACCCCAGGAAGCUUUCUGUCUAUGCCGUCACAGGCACAGCCGGGAACGUGGAACAUGGCUGUCAGUACCAGCUCAGACUGGUGUACGAGCACAACCUGCAGAGGACUGCCUGCAACAUGACCUACGGCCCCUUUGGGGGAGUCACAGGUCACCACUUCAUCUGUAUCCAGUCCAUGGACGGCAUGCUGAUGUUCUUCGAGCAGGAGAGCUACGCAUUCGGACGCUUCCUGCCGGGCUUCCUGCUGCCCGGCCCGCUGAGUUACUGCGCCCGCUCUGACACCUUCCUCACCGUGUCCUCCACCCGCCAGGUGGAGAGCUACAAGUAUGAGACUUUGGCUGUGGCCACCGAGGCUGACACCAGACAGGAAGCCGAGCAGCAGAAGAAGAGCUCAGGGAAGAGGCUGAUGGCUGACUGGACUCUGGUCAUUGGGGAGCAGGCUCUGGAUAUCUGCGUCCCAUCCUUGUCUCCGUCAGCGUCCAUUUUCAUUUUGGGCGAGAGGAACCUGUACUGUCUGAAGGACAAUGGGCAGAUCCGCUACAUGAAGAAACUCGAGUACAACCCCAGCUGUUUCCUCCCCUAUGCCUCAGUUACUGAGGGGUCGACCAACAUCCUCUUGGCCAAUCACAACAACAUGCUGCUGGUGUACCAGGACGUUGCUCUGAAGUGGGCGGCCCAGCUGUCCUGCGUGCCCGUCGCCGUGCGAGUCGGCAACUUCCAGGAUCUGAAGGGCGUGGUGGUGACGCUAAGUGACGAUGGGCACCUCCAGUGCUCCUACAUGGGCACGGACCCCUCCUUCUUCAUGGCCCCCAAGGUGGAGGCGCGGGAGGUGAACUACGAGGAGGUGGACGCCGAGCUGAAGACCCUGCACAAGGUCAUCCGCGAGGCCUCCAGGACGCAGGAUAUCCUGCCUAAAGCAGACACAGAUGAGGAGCUGGUGGUAACAGCCAGCGUAUCUGCCAGCAUGGAUGACGUCUCGAAAGCUGUCAUUCAUGAAAUCGGUGGUAUAGCUGUCCCCUCCGUCACUGUGAAGAUCACAGUGAAGAGUCGCUCGUCGGUACAGAGCCCCAAGCUGACGGUGUGCGUGCAGCCUCCUCUGGCUGUCACUCAGGCGCAGUUUGCGCUCGACUCCAUGGGCGUGGGAGCCAUGGUCACAGUGAAGUUCUCCGCCUUCCUGAAUGGCCGGUACCCCCCAGCUGACCUCGGAGGACAUGUGGCAGUAUCCUACAGCACGCCUACAGGGGUGCCGAGGGUGGCCCAGUGCCGAUUCUCUCUGCCUCUCCGGAUGGCCUCCUGCCCGUCCUCAGCCUCCAAAAACGCCCAGUUCAAGAUCACAAUCGACACAAACAAACCGCCAGUCAACCUCAACGAGGUGUUCCCAGACUUCCUGGGGAAGUCGGAGGACCGGGAUGGGAAUGCGCUGGCCUUCCAGCUCAUAGCUGGCGCCAAAGUCACCGUGCUGGCUUCAAAGACGUCUCAGCGCUACAGGAUCCAGAGUGAGAGCUUUGAGGAUAUGUGGCUGGUGGCCAAUGAGCUGGUGCAGCGCUUCGACCGGCACUUUGCCAAAUUGGGAGUGAAAGACUUCCGCAACAACUUCUCCGGCCCUCUCCCACUGUCCGAGUACUUCCAGGCUGUGGAUCAUCACUUUGAGCUGCGGGUCAGUGCGGAGAAGUACCAGGACCUGCUGUCGGAGAGGGCGGUCCAGUUCCGGGCCAUCCAGCGCAGGCUGCUGACGCGCUUCAAAGACAAGACCCCCGCACCCCUGCAGAACUUGGACACGCUGAUGGAGGGCACCUACAGACAGGUGAUCGCUCUGGCGGACGCGGCGGAGGAGAACCGGGUGAAGCUGUGCCAGGCGUUUGCCAGGCUGCGCAGUGCCACACACCUGCUGAUCAUGCUGCUGUCCCUGUGGCACAGCCUGGGCACGGAGCAGACCGCUAUCCUACAGGCCACCCUGCUGCCUCUGCUGCAGGACACGCCACAGCUGGGCUGGGAGGAGAGUGUGGACGCCGCGGUGUCUCACCUGUUGAGGACGUGUCUGUCUCGCAGCCCCAAGGACCAGGCCCUGAGCCUGAGCACAGCCCAGCUGAGCAUGCCCAAGGACACGGGCCGGCUGAAGAAGCACAUCGCCCUGCUGUGUGACCGGCUGGGCAAGGGUGGCCGGCUGGCCCUGUCCUCCGAGGCUCAGGCGGCCACGCCCGUCAUCAUGCCCGGGGGCUGUGAACCCAUCGCUGAGCUGGACCAGGAAGAGCCCGCUGUGGAGCAGGAGACCGUGGCCAAGCUUGUGAAGAAAAGGCAGCCAUCCAAGAAGGUCAAGACAAAGACCGACGCCGCUGGGAGCGAGUCUGUGAAGGAGCCUGAGAAGGAGCUUGGUCAGGAAUCCGCAAAGCCAUCCUUAAAAGCAAAGGAGCCUGCAAAGGACCCUACAAAGGAUUCUGGGAAGGAGUCGACGAAGGAGGCUGGGAAGGCAGCAAGUGAACCUGGGAAGGAGCCCGGGACGGACCCUGAGAAGGCCGCAGUGAAGGUGGUGAAGAAGACCUCGGAGAAGCUGAGAGAGAAGAAGAAAGAGGCGGAGGCUGCAGACGGCUAGCGGUCCUCCAGAGCAAAGCCAUGCCAGACCCUGACAAUGUCCUCCAGCGUGAGAGCCUGCGCUCCCCAGGCCAGGCCUGGGGGGGGGCCCACAGCGCCCCUGCUGGAGGGAGGCUCCAACACAGCACUGCUAACACUAAAUGUUCUUGCAGUGUUACUGGAAUAUUUGCCACUACAGGGCAGCAACAUUGUGAGAACAUUUUGUGUUAGCUGAGGUUUGAUUGUGCUGCUAAAUGAAUAUUGCAUAUUUGGCAUAGUCUCUCCUUUUGUUAUUUGUAUGGGAGGUUGUAUCUUUAGGUUUAUAUUUCUUUGAGAUGUGUUCCUGAACUGAAGUAAGACAAAUAGGUAUGCAGUUUAAGAUAACAGAAAUUAUUUUUCUGUUACUUAGUUGUCUAAGAAUAACUGUUGAACUUCUAUAAAGUUAGAUUCGAUCCAGUAAUUGACUGCCCUGAUUUUUUUCAAGGAGCAGACAAUUGCCUGAAAAAGUUGACUAAGCAAUUUUGUAUUGAUGCAAAAUAACUUUAAUUACUAGAUUUAAUUGAAAUAAUCCUUCUGAGCUUUUUAAUUGUAGAGAUAUCAGUAUUUCAUUAAAAGCGCAAUGUGACAUCAUUGAUUCUGCUGGGGUAGAAAUGCCCAAGACCAGGGUUGGCAAACACUUAUAAGAAUCAAGAACAUACAAAAGGGAGACAUAGGUUCUCCCUCUCACUGUGAUUAAACACUGACCACUGCGAAUUAGUGACCCAGCUCAUUCCAUUCCACUCUACUCCACUAAACUACACUACCCA